AACAAAACAAGGUUCCACUUUAUUCUACGGUGUCCUUACUGUAUAAUACAUGCAACUAUCCCUCAACCAAACCCCGAUCCUAAAACUAUAGCAAGUGCAUGCAUUUAAUUAUUAGCACACACUUACAUGCAUAUCAAAAACACCUUAUACUGUGAUUAUACAUUUUAAGUACUGAUUAAUAUUGUAUAUGUAUAAUUAGGCAUAGUUUAUAGUCACUAAUCUAGUAAAUACACUGUAAAAUAAAGUGUAACCCAAAAAAUAAUAAAAUAUGAUAAUCGAGGAUUUCCUCCAUACAUUAAAAUAAUACGUUUUGCGCUGUAUUUAGUAUUUGCUUGAGUCUGUUUAGUGUGUGUGUGUGUGUGUGAUCAUCAGUGGGAGUGUUUAUUUAUCAAUGCAUAUAGUAUUAGUCUCCUUGUAAAUCAUUUCUUUUAAGUGCACUUAAAUAAAUAGUUAUGCAUGUAUUUAAUUAUUAUUACACAGUACUUAAAUGCAUAAUUACAUAAUUAAAAUAAACCCCAAAAUAUCAAGCUUUUCCUCGUCACAUAGGAAAUAUUCAUUUGUUUUUGUGCGGUUAUGUGGUAUUUGUGUGUGUGUGUGAUCAUCUGUGGGAGUAUUUCAGCACACAGCCCCUCCCCCUGCUCACUCCCCCAGUGGCCCCGCCCCCUCUGCAUGUUAAGCCCCGCCCCCUGAGGCAUCAGCCAACAGCAGCUGUUCCAUAUUCAUCAAGCUCUUCAGUCUUAAAGAGACCGACACUGAGCGUGCACACACUCAUUCUGCCUCACACACACUCACCGUAGCGCACGCUCUGUCGCUCUCUCUCUCUCUCUCUCCGCUUCACCCUGAUCUGAUCAGACCCCCUCCCAUCACUCACACACACACACACACACACAUGCGUACCUGAGUCGGUGGGCUGCGCUGCCGGAGGGUCUCUCCGCCUCAACUUUCCUGCCGGUGUGUGUGUACGGGGAGAGCGAGUGUCCGGUGUCUCCGCUUCUCUUCUUCUCUUCCUCCUGGAAUGAUAACACUGGGCUGAUGGACAUUUCCGAACUUUGCAUCCCUGAUCCUCUCAGCUAUCAUAACCAGCUGCUGACCAGGAUGGCCGCUGAGGAGCGGCACAUGACGUCCAGCUGUGGCUCCUACAUUAAGACUGAGCCCUCGAGUCCGUCGUCUCUGGUGGACACGGCGAGCCACCCCAGUCCCGGCGCGCACUCGGACGCUAGCGGCGGCUACGCCAGCGCCAUCAACAGCCACUCCAACGGCCUGGACUCUCCGCCCAUGUUCACGGCGGGCGGGCCGCUGGGCGCGGGGGCGAGCGCCUGCCGAAAGCGCUACGAGGACUGUUCUAGCUCGCUGCUCGACGACCCCGCCUCCAUCAAGUGCGAGUACAUGCUCAACUCCAUCCCUAAACGCCUGUGCCUGGUGUGCGGAGACAUCGCGUCCGGCUAUCACUACGGCGUGGCCUCCUGUGAAGCUUGCAAGGCCUUCUUCAAGAGAACGAUACAAGGUAACAUCGAGUACAGCUGUCCGGCCACCAACGAGUGCGAGAUCACCAAGCGGAGACGCAAGUCGUGUCAGGCGUGCCGCUUCAUGAAGUGUCUGAAAGUGGGCAUGCUGAAGGAAGGUGUUCGGCUAGACCGCGUACGAGGAGGACGACAGAAAUACAAGAGGAGAAUGGAUGCAGAAAACACAGCUUACCUGGGGCUCACACUGCCACCGCCAGCCAAAAAACCAUUGACGAAGAUCGUGUCUCAUCUGCUGGUGGCGGAGCCGGAGAAGAUCUACGCCAUGCCGGACCCGAGUCUCCCCGAGAGCGACAUCAAGGCCCUGACGACCCUGUGCGACCUGGCCGACCGCGAGCUCGUGGUCAUCAUCGGCUGGGCCAAACACAUCCCGGGUUUCUCCAGCCUGUCUCUCGGAGACCAGAUGAGUCUAUUGCAGAGCGCCUGGAUGGAGAUCCUGAUCCUCAGCAUCGUGUUCCGCUCGCUGCCCUACGAGGACGAGCUGGUGUACGCGGAGGACUACGUGAUGGACGAGGAGCACUCGCGGCUCACGGGUCUGCUGGACCUGUAUCUGUCCAUCCUGCAGCUCGUGCGCAGGUACAAGAAGCUGAAGGUGGAGAAGGAGGAGUUCGUCACGCUCAAGGCCAUCGCACUCGCCAACUCAGACUCGAUGCACAUAGAGGACGUGGAGUCGGUGCAGAAGCUCCAGGACGCUCUUCACGAAGCCCUGCAGGACUACGAGAGCUGCCAGCACACAGAGGACCCUCGGCGGGCCGGCAAGCUGCUCAUGACCCUGCCUCUGCUCCGGCAGACGGCCACCAAGGCCAUCCAGCACUUCUACAGCAUCAAGAUGCAGGGCAAGGUGCCCAUGCACAAACUCUUCCUGGAGAUGCUGGAGGCCAAGGUCUGAUCGGCUGACCUCAUCGGAGAGCGAGACUCGGUCACGCACGCGUCACCUGAGACGUUUUUAAAGACGAAAAAAAGCGUAAAUAUAAAUGGAAAAAAAAUAAUUUAAAAAAAUCUAUAACAAAUACUAUGUACUUGUACAGUAAUGCUUUUUUUUUUUUGUUCACGAUCUGUGGUUAUAAACGAUGAUCGAGUCAUUUUCAGAGUGAAUAGUCUCACGUAGGUGGUCAUUUUCAUUCUCGCUUGACCCCCCGGACACGUCGGGCGAGGACACCUUGAGGACUUGUAAAUAUUCAUGAGCCGCGGGACGUCUGGACUCGUCUCGCUGGUUCUUCCCUAAAUGUGAACUUUG